UAAAAGCACACUCAUGUGCUUGAGGAGAGACACGCCGGCACAGUACAAGUUGUCCACUGUCUGCAGUUAUUACAACACAGCCAUAGUGGAUGAAAGUAAAAGCAAACAUUCUGUGGAAAGAAGGGAGCACGACAAAGAUGAAGCUGGGUGAUAAUUUAUUGGAAGAACACACAUCUUAAUCUUGAGGCCACUUCCAGAAGACUCAAUGGCUCUUAUGGCAACCAACCAAAGCAACGACACCGAGGACUCUGAGAAUGUAGUUAGCAACAACUUGUCUACUGGGUUAGGCACUUUCAUUCUUAGUUUAGUCUUCUUUAUUGGAGUCCCAGGAAACCUUUUCAUUAUUUGGAGUAUUUUAUUUCGAACUCGGAAACGCUCAGUCACCUGCUUGUUGAUCCUUAAUUUAGCCUUCGCAGAUGGCGGCUUAAUGUUAUUGACACCCUUCUUCACCGUCUACCUGGCACUGAGGGACUGGAUAUUUGGAGAGUUCAUGUGCAAAUGUCUCUUUUACCUAUGCUGUAUGAACAUGUACGCCAGUAUAUUUUUCAUCACUCUUAUGAGUCUUGAUCGUCUUGUGGCUGUAGCCUGGCCUCAUCAAGUGCCUUCCAUCCGAAGGAAAAGAAUAGUGGUUAAAAUUUUGAUUGUACUUUGGUUGGUCACAUUCAUAUUUGCAAUUCCUGCUGUGAUGUUUCGGCACGUCACUACUACGGACAACAGCACCCGAAGGCUGUGCAGUGCUCAUCAUCCGUUCCGCAAAGAUGAAGUCUUUCAGUACAGCUUUGAGACAGUUUUUAGCUUUAUAGUGCCUUUCACAAUCAUCCUGAGUAGCUAUUGUUACAUUCUACACCAUCUCCGGACUUCCAAGUUUCAGCGCAAACUGCGCAGUGAAAAUCUGAUCCUUGCAAUCAUUGGAGCUUUUGGUUUCUUCUGGUUACCUUACCAUGUGGUCAACAUCAUACAGGUGGCUGCAGGGCUGGCACCUCUUCCACUUCGGACCACACUUGACCACAUCUGGAAGACAUGUCGCGUGGUGACAUCCGCCUUGGCCUUCCUCAGCAGUUGUGCAAAUCCAAUUCUCUACACAUUUGUUGGAAAGGGCUACAUAAAGACAGCUGGAUUAAACUUCAUGGCAAAAUUAUUUGAAGGCACUGCUCAAGAUCUUACAAGCAAGAGGUUCAAGAUUGGCAAUAACUUAUCACGCCAACCAAGUAAGGACCCAGCAUACCUUGAAUCAGUGGAUUUGAAUAACGAUGGUGAAAGUUCUAUCACGGCUACUGGCUAAUUUCUGAUUUGAGAAGACCACUGUAAAACUGGGCAAACUUGUACAGAUAUGGUUGAGUCUAAUGACACAGAUAGCAGGUAAAAUUUCUGAAGUCGAUCAGAAUUGCAUUAGAACAGAUCAUGAUAUUCUGCUGGGUAAUCAAGUUACUAAAAAUAUAUUCUGUUCAUUUACUUUCUGGAAUUUCUAGCAGAGUUAAAAAUCUAUUCUGGAAGGAACUAAUCCUGUCUUGGAAAUCAAAAAAUUGCAGCGGAUCUGAUGACAAAGCCUCUUUCAUUCACAAUAAGCUAUGUGACGGUCAACAAAUAACUCAAGACAUGAUGUCUUUAACUGAGGAGUGUCAGAUUCUGGAUCUCCUUUCAUGUCCUGCAUAUAUGUCAUCAAAUGAAACUUCAGAUUAAUAGCUAUAAACUGGUUUUGAGAAAAUCAUAAAGACUUUCAGCUAUAAGUCAUUCUUAUAGAUUUUAUAAAUGCAAAUUUGUGGUGUUUGCCAAAUGUUUUCCAGUUUAUUUUAAUUUUUUUCCCCUGGACUUUGUUUGAUCCUUAUGUUUGACUUCUACCAAACUUUCCAUGGUUAUUUAACAGCCAAAAUGAGAAGGGAUCAACCACUGCAUGUCAGAGAAGAGCUGAUAUAAUAUAUAUAUAUAUAUAUAUAUAUAUAUAUAUAUAUAUA